AUGGAGACCUUAAAAGCGGUCUUCUUUGGGCCUGACCCCCAAGCUCAGAUGAGAAAAUGCAAUGCCCUCAUCCGCGCAAAUACUCGGCAACUCGAUCGGGACCUUUCUCAGCUCAAAGCCCUUGAUAACAAGACCCGGAUGUAUAUCAUUAAUUCCUCCAAGCGAGCUCAACGAAACCCAUCGCAAGCCAAACAGGCUAAUAGCGAAACCAAGACCUUUGCCCGGGAGCUGGUGCGAAUUCGGAAACAAACCUCACGCUUAAACACAAGUCGAGCACAGCUACAAAGCGUUGGGAUGCAGGUUAACGAGGCCUUUUCUGUUCGCAAGAUUCAAGGCAGUCUACAGAAGUCAACAGCGAUCAUGAAAGAUGUGAAUACAUUGGUACGAAUGCCGGAGCUGCAAUCUACGAUGCAUCAGCUCUCUACGGAGUUGGUCAAGGCUGGAAUAAUCGAAGAAAUGGUGGACGAUGCCAUGCCUAUUGAUGAUAUGCUGGAAUCGGAGGACCUUGAGGCCGACGAAGAGGUAGACAAGAUUUUGCAGGAGAUUCUGCAGAGCAAACUUUCUCAAGCCCCGGCCAAACCCGAGUCCCCAGUCGAGGAGGCCCCUGUUGCCGAGCCCGAAUUCGAGGACCAGGAGGCGACACUCGAACAAAUGCGCGAUCGCCUGGAAGCAUUGAAGAGUUGA